CGAAUUUUUUAAUCGUCCGACGAGUUCUGCCGAGUGGAGCGGAGACAUGUUUGGUGGUUGGGACUGCCAGGAAGGACGAGAAGGUGGAACCUGGCUAGCCUGUAAUAAGCAGGGUCAGGUUGCUCUACUGACCAAUAUUUAUACCGGAGGAAUAAUAAACCAGAAAGCUAAAGGGAGAGGGAAUUUAGUUGUAGAUUUUCUUAAAGGAAAUUUUUCCCCAGAAGAAUAUUUGACGAAUAUCAAGGAAGAAUUAUCUGUUUACAACCCUUUCAAUUUAAUCCUAUUUGAACCUGGGGAAGAUGGCUACACUGUUUGGAGACUGGGACGUGGUUUAGCGGAUCACUCAGAUGAUUUCGGUCCAGUUCAUGCAAAGUUUGGGACGUUCGGAGUAUCCAACCAUCCUCAGCAUAGACAAUAUAUUAAAGCUGAGAAGGGAGAAACAAAACUUAGAGAACUAGUUAGUUCAAUAAGAAGUGAAGAUGACCUGUUUAUUCAACUAGAAUGUUUACUGAAGAAUACAGAAGAAAACUGGCCUGAUCCGCAGAUUAUUGAGCAGUCUGUGGUCCGAGGAAACCCUGGUCCUUUUCAACAUUUGGGACCUCAACUUAGCAGUAUAUUCGUGGAUAUUAAACAAAAUGGAUACGGAACCCGAACACACAGUAUGAUAUUAGUGGACAAUCAGUGGAAUCUACAUUACAAGGAGAUCACAAAAGAAGGAGACUCUUGGAGACAAACAGAAGAAAAAUUUAAUGUCAAACAGACUUGAUUCAUCAAAUCAAUUAAAAAUAUUGUAAAUACCAUUUUAAAAGAUUUUAAUCUGUAAACAAAACAACAAUGUAAAAUGUAAGACUUGAUUUUUGGUUAUAUAUCUGAGUUCACAGCAUAAAAUUGAAACCGUUGAUAUUCAUUACUAAAAUAGCUUAGACAUAAUUGUGUCAACCAUUAACUAUGAUACAUGUAUGUAAAGUCGUCUUUAACUUAGAACCCCUCUCGGAGACACUAAAGUCCAAACCAAAUAAUUUUAGGCUCCAGUCCUUUGUUCCCCAUCGGAGUGUAAAUAACUUAAAAGCAUUGUGAAUCCAUCCAUUUUCAAAAGUUAAACAAAGAAUAUUUUCACAAAGAAUUAGUAACUUUCGUUAAUAAUUAAUUAUCAUUCUUUUCAGAAGUUUAAAAAACGUCCGACGAUUUAACCCUCCAAUAUCUCUGAUUGGAACAAAGGCGCGCGGUAGUCGUAUUUUCUUCAAACACUAAAGCUUGUUUAUUCGUAUACUGUAGAGGGAACAAACCAUAAACCACGCCAUAACAUUUAUUAUGCGUCUAAAAUGCAAAAUCGAUAAAUAUUUGGUGAGAAAAUAUUGAAGAGGGUUACAUACAAAAAAAAGACUGAUACUUUCUCUUAUCUAUGUGACCCUUGAUAGACUGAUUUUUUAUCAUAAUUUUGAAUAAAUAACGUGUAAUGUUUAAUAAAAAAAUAUUUAAUAUUUUAAAA